AUGGAUGUAUUGCAAGGCCUUCAUGAAAGACACUGGUUUGAUAUCAGUUUAAUUUUGAGAAUGUAUUCACAGGAGUUGAGUGUUGCCAUGCUCCAUUUUGAUAACAAUUAUAUUGUACCAAUGUAUUCACAAAAGUUGACUGUUUGCACUGACUGGAAAAAUCGUUAUGCUUAUAACAUCACACCCAAUUUAAGACGAGAAUCAGUAUCAUUUUACAACCCCAUUCUAUGGGGAGAUCAGGAUAUUAAUGCAUUGUAUUCUGAUCUGCUACCAGUGACUUGCGAGAAUUUCAAGUGCUUGUGCACUGGUGAGAAGGGUGGAAAUGAUGAAGGUAUACUUUUACACUAUAAGAAUACACUCAUUCACAGAGUUGUCAAGAUGGGUUGGCUUCAAGGAGGUGAUAUUGAAAACCGCAUUGGAGGAGGUGGUGCAUCCAUCUAUGGGCAUACCUUUCCUGAUGAGAGUUACUGCAUCUCCCAUAAUCGCCGUGGAGUGCUCUCUAUGGCUAAUGAUGGACGGCACAGCAAUGGAUCUCAGUUCAUCAUCACACUGCAGCCUGCACUCUGGAUGGAUUACUACUAUGUUGCAUUUGGACAAGUUGUAGAAGGUGAAAACACACUAAAAGUACUAGAAUCAGUAAACACUGCAUAUGAAAGGCCUUUGGCAGACAUAGAGAUCACAGGCUGUGGAGUGUUUGAUGUAUCAGAAGUGGAAGAAGAAACAGUAAUACAGCCUGACAGAUGUAUAGAAGAAGUACAAGACAAGCCAGAGACUCCUGAGGAAGCACUCAUUAGAAGGGAAGAAAGCACAGAAGAAACUUCUAUAGUUAUGGAAGACAUGAAAGAAACAGCAGAGGCUGGGGGAGCUAAGAGUUUCAAAGUUUAUGCAACAGAAAUAGCUGUAAGACGAGGCUAA